CUUCUCCCAGGAAUGCUUUAAUCACGGGUAAGUCAAGCUAUGACCAAGAGCACAACGUUCCGGUGCUGGCGAUGACAUUUGUGCACUCGGAACUUAAGCGUCAACGUGAGAGAUUUGUUAAUUCACCAACAAAAUGUUGAUGCGCGGAUGGUUUGACUCUACUGCACCACCGUUUCAUGAAGCACGCUAGGCGUUAACACAGCGAAGGGCGACAACGCGUGAAUGUAACCUUGUCCGUCUGACAGGGCACGAGUAUAUCAACACGGGCUCACUGACGCAACCUGAUUUCGGAUGACGACGUGACUGAAACCUCAGAAGGAAUGCAGCUGUGAAGAUAUAAACGGGGUGGUAUUUACAGUUCAUGCUGAUAGAACAAAUGGGAUACUCAAUCGAUGAGAGGAGCUGUGUUCUUGUGCUUGUGUCAACAGAAGAUGUAGGCAUUGAUGUGCUGACCGGCUGAUCGCCGGUAGCGGUAUAUAGAUAAUAUCCACUACGCUGAUAGCAUUUCCUGAUUGAUCAAAUGAACAGUUUUAAUGUAAUUAAUAGAACAAAUACGCUAGUGGAAAAUCCGCAUUGCCAAGGAUACGGUGUAUGCAGUGUUGUGCUUUCAAAGAGGAUCUGUUUUGAGUAAUUCCAUUUUGUUAGGAUAUGUUAUGGACAGCGUUGAGAUUUCCUCUGGGAUCUAUUGUAAAGAAAUUCCUCAUUGCCAAGGAUAUGGUGUAUGCGGUGUAAGAUUUGCGGUGAUCUGAUCUAGUGUAGCAUCCACAUUGAUAAGGGUACGUUGUGCGCAGUGCCUGGUUCCCUUGAGGAUCUGUCCCAUUGGUGAGAAACGUUGAUAGAAACAGAGACACUUGAAGUGUGUUUAUUUAAGGUGACUGUCGAUAACGUUGACGAACCACAGGGGGUGUUCAGUCAUGAUUUACAACACACGGAGGACUGACAUUAAAAUGAUCAUCAAGAAGACAUGGAAGUCUUCCCAGAACGCGUAUUGAGAUGUGUUGACUGUGGAACUGCAGUGUCUUGACCUCGUGUAUGGCGUAUGAAGAUAUCUGUUAUAAGUAACUAUCUAAAGAGUAAGGUGUGAGGCAAGGUUGUCGUAUACAUACACCACUCUUGACCUCGUUUAUGGUCCCAUAAGCAUUUGCUGUGUAAACACACAACUCAUUUGUGGUUUAAUAUAUAUUGGCUGUAUACAUAUAUUCUGAUCUCUUGUGUGAUAUAAUACACGCUGGUACCAUGGCAAACCAAAGUCCAAACAAGUCUUCAUCCGUAUCCCCGGACCAGAUGGAAUGUGGACAGUCGGACUGUGACGGGAGGGAAAGUAACUCUAGCAGCAAAGUGCUACUGCAGAUCAUAGUGUCAGCAAUUUGUGGAUUUUUGUUUGGUGUCGCACUUGAGAAAGCUCGGGUGUUCGAGCCUGAAUCUAUCCGACUACAGAUGGUAUUUGAAAAAUGGAUCAUGCUGAAGAUGUUUCUCGCUGCCGUAGCAUCAGGGCAGCUGUUCCUGGCUAUACUCUCCGUCGUUCCCCACACGAAGUACAAGUUUGAACAGGCCAGCUCGGAGUUCGUCCAGUGUUUCGCAGACAAGGGUCUGCUGACCAGUUCCGUAGGUCCGUUCAUUUUGGGCGCUGGCAUGACUCUAGCAGGAGCGUGUCCUGGGAUGGUGCUAAUUCAAGUGGGAGCCUGGGUUCCUAACGCCAUCUUCACACUACUUGGAGCUUUAAUCGGGGCGUUGCUGUUUGGUCUUGUCGCAACAACCGUCACCAGGAUCACCAGACCGAACAAUCCCUUUAAAUUUCACCAAAUCCAUACGAAACUAAACAAGCCGUACAUUAUGUUCGCCCUUCCCAUGGCAGUGAUGCUUGGAGUCGUGGUGUUUCUACUGGAGUUCUACAUUCCCUACCAACAAGAUGUAAAACGGCCGGAAAAAUUAUCCUACAACAUCAUCAAGACCAUUGCAUGGCCUCCGUAUGUCUCAGGCAUCAUCGUCGGGGUCUUACAAGUGCCAGUCGUACUCGUCUUGGGCGACACUAUUGGCGGAAGUACCAGCUAUGUCACUAUUACGUCACAGUGGGUUGUGUCAAAAACACUGCAGAAGAAACUUCCGUAUAUGGCAGCGAAACGAACCGGGAUUGGCAACUGGUGGCAGGUGAUCUACGUAUGCUGUGCUAUCAUUGGUGGACUUGUGUCGGCGGUGACGUCACACUCAUUAGCCUCGAUCCAGGGUGUCGGGGUACUUGAAGGCUUCUUUGGUGGAAUGUUGAUGCUACUGGGGGCGAGGCUAGCCGCCGGGUGUACAAGUGGCCACGGUCUUUCAGGAAUGGGUAUGCUAGCCUGGCUGAGUUUCAUAGCAGUGCCGUUCAUGUUUGGCGGGGCCAUAGCAACAGCUUUCAUCAUGAGAGCAGUGAAUGGUUCAUUAGACCGUUAUGUGUGGACUACACUGAACUUGUAAACAGGAGUUGAUGCCAAUGCUGAUCUCGACCGCCUGGUGUCUUUGUCUAGUCGAUAUCCUGCAAUGUGUGGUGCCAGUGUUCAGAUCAGACCCUGUAACAGAACUGAAAAUAACGGAUGUAUUGAGACAUCCACAGUAUUUGAGUGAUCUUGAUAAUAAAAUGUAUGUUGACAAUGGUGACGGAACGGAAUAUGAUGCUGCAUUUUAUUGAGAGUGGAAUAGAAUAGAAAGGACAUGUUGUGCAUCAUUGUGGACCAAUGUGCAUUGUUCUUACUUGUUCUAACAAAGACUUCGGUGGCUCAUUCGUCUUGUACGCCAUAAUACACUGUGCAGAGCUGUGUCCCUUAGGCGGGCCAGGAACCUUUGAUCGUUGUUUCGAAUCCUAGGUUCGCCCCGAGUAAUUUACUGAUGAAAAGAAAAUAAGGAAACAAUGAAAACUAUAGGGACGUAAGGUUUAUACACAGUACGUUUGAAAUAGCGUCAUACAAAUUCGACACGUCAGCAUCAAAUGUUGACAUGUGUUUUUAUGCAUUGUUUCCAACGAUAUUUGGUCGACACCUAUGAUAGGAUAUUUUACUGUGUCUAAAAACUAAGUGUUCUCUAAUUCAGUUUCAUCAGUUUAUUUCUUACACGCCUGUGGGUGAGAAACCCAUUUGAGAUAACUGGUAUCAAACAUAUGUGUGAGAUCGAAUUCCAGGCCCGUGACUGGCUACUCCAUGGUGAUGACCUGGGGUCAGAUGAUGACGGACUACUUUCCUUAGUGUAAGUCAUUCAUAAGUUGCUCGUGCUUCAGUCGAAUGUUCACCUAAGUCUGUAUUGAACCACAGGACCGUGUAAUUAAUAAUUAAAGUAAACAAACUCGUCCUCGUCUGA